AUGGUGGCGUUAAAUACUAAUCUCGUCAACUUCAACCAUCAACAAAGAGGCAAGGUCAUGGGAACGCUUAACGUCUUCUUCGCUGGAAGUCCAUUCGUUUAUUCUUUAAUAUAUUAUCACGUAUUUAAUGGAGAUGAUCCAGAAAACUUUGAAAGUUUUCCACAAAUGAUGCUCCUUUUGGCUGUAUCAUUUGCUGUUGUGAACGUCAUGUGUAUUUUGUUCCUGCGAAUGCUACCGGAGGACACCGAGAGCGUAAAAAAUGCAGUGUCUUAUGAGGAUAUCAACGGAAUAAUUCCAAACGACUUGAACAUAAUGGUGGAAAAGGACGAGCCAAUGACUUUGAAGCGACUGGCCGGAAACUGCAACUUCCAAGCAUUACUAUGGGUAUUUAUUUUAACGUCUUCCGUCGGAGUGUUUGUGACGAAUAACUUAACAGAGAUUGCGACAAGUGUAAGACUAGAAAAACACAAUCCCACGCUCGUGCUUCUAAUUCCUAUAACAAUCAUGUUGGUUAGUAUUCUGAUAGGAGUGUUCUCGGACAGGUACAUUGGAACCUUUCCUAGGUCGAGUGUGCUUCUGAUAGGUAUUGGCUCUUUCGUGAUUUCACAGAUGUUGUUCCUCUUGUUGGUUGACGUGUUCUCCAUGCUGAUCAUAGCCACCAUCUUAGUUGGCAUUGGCAACGCUAUUAUGUGGUCACUCGGACCAGCCUUGAUGACGGACAUUUUGUACAUAGGUAAUCUCGGAAGAAACUGGGGCAUAGUAAUCCUCGUCAAUGCAUUGUUCUGCUUUGCUCUCCAGGAGACUUUUGGUGCGUUGUAUGAGAACGCGAUCACCGCCCCAAAGGAACUCUUCUGUUACGGAGUACAUUGUCUUCGCGGGGCGUUCGGUAUCGGCCUAACCUUUACCGUUUUGUCUGUUUUGCCAGCAUUAGUACUCGUCAUUAGAACUAACAGUUCGCCGAAGAAAACAAAACCAGAGAUAAACGGAACUGCCGCCAUUCUCGAAUAA